CGACAUGUUAUCCCUUUACUCCGGCCUGUGACACACGUGGUGAAGUCUACCGACUGCAGGCAAUCAUGAAACGUCCGAAGUUGAAGAAAGCAAGUAAACGUUUGUCCUGUGCAAAACGUUACAAAAUACAGAAAAAGGUUCGGGAGCACAACAGGAAACUACGGAAGGAGGCAAAAAAGAAAGGAGUAACAAAACGGGUGAAGAAGGAUCCAGGUGUUCCCAGUGUCGCACCUUUCAAGGAAGACAUUUUACGGGAGGCAGAACUUAGGAAACAGAAGCUUGAAGAACUUAAACAGAAAAAGAAGUUAGAGAAACAACAGGAACGAGCACAGAAGCGAAAGAAAGAGGACACAACUAAUGGCUCUGAUCCCAAAGCCAAAAAAGCUAAAAAGGAGAAUCGUCCUGAGAAAUCAUCUGUGAGUCAAGAUAAAUAUUCCAGAAAGUUCCUCUGCUCUGAAUUAAACAAGGUUAUCAGUGCCUCUGAUGUCAUUGUUGAGGUUCUGGAUGCCAGGGACCCCUUGGGCUGCCGCUGUCCACAGCUGGAGGAGGCGGUUCUGAAAAGUGAAGGAAACAAGAAGCUUCUCUUUGUCUUGAAUAAGAUUGAUCUCGUACCUAAAGAUAAUGUGGAGAGAUGGUUGAAUUAUCUACAGCGUGAGUUUCCUGCCGUAGCCUUCAAAGCAUCAACGCAGUUGCAAGACAAAACAGUGCAAGAAAAGAAGAACAGAACCAUAUCUGGAGCCGUAGAUCAGACAAAAGGGGUGGCCUCUUUUGGCAACAGCUGCCUUCUGCAGGUUCUGCAAGAUUAUGCUGAUGCCCAGGAGAGUAAAAACAUGCUCAAAGUUGGUAUUGUUGGUUUCCCCAGUGUGGGGAAAAGCAGCUUGAUCAAUAGCCUUAAAGGCAUCCGGGCCUGCAAUGCUGGAGUACAACGGGGACUGACAAAGUGUAUGCAAGAAGUGCACAUUGCCAAAAAGGUCAAGAUGAUUGACAGCCCCAGUAUUAUAGCGUCCAUAGAUAAUCCUGCUGCUGCUAUGGCUCUGAGGAGACUGCCAGCCUCGGAGCUACGGGAGAAUGCCCUGGAUGCAGUCAGAGCUCUGCUGAAGCAGUGUAGCAAGCAGCAGAUAAUGCUUCAGUACAAUGUUCCCGAUUUCAAAAACUCCUUGGAAUUUUUAACACUUUUUGCCAAAAAACGGGGGUUCAUGCAGAAGGGUGGUGUUCCUAACACAGAGCAAGCUGCUGAAACCUUUCUGAAUGAUUGGACAGGGGCUAAACUAAGCUACCAUUGCAAACCACCUGAGAAUGUCAACCUUCCUUCAUACCUCUCAGACACCAUAGUAACAGAGAUGCAGAAGGGAUGGGACAUGAGCAUAUUGCAGCAAGGCAAUGCAGAAACCAUCAACAGUGCAAAGUUCCCCAACAUUGCAAGCAGCAUUGUCUUCGCCUCCAGUGGUCCUACGUUGGGACUUCUCAGCGUGAACGAAGAUCUCAAGGUGGAGGAGUCAGCAGAAGAGGACCUCCGUGAGGAAGUCGGUGAUAAUGAGGAGCCCAACCUGGUGCCUGAAGCAAAGACAACCCUGGAAGAAAAAACAGAAAAUGGGAAAGCACCACAAAACAAAAGAGAAGUUAAAGAUGCAGCAGGGCGUCCUGCAAAAGUGAAGUUCCAACCAGUGCCUGUCAGCAUAGACCUGUCUUCAGUACAAAACGACAGCGAUGCGUAUGACUUCAACACGGAUUUCAAAUGAGGAGUCUGCAUUCCUGCUGCUUUGGAUUUUUUUUUA